AUGUUCAUCUCUGAUACACGACCGCCGAUUAUCUACUUUGCAGUUGGAACAAAUGUUGGUGACAUUAGCAUUUGGGAAGUUGGUUCCCGAGAUAGGCUAGCACUAAAAAACUUCAAGACCAUUGCUUUUGAAGGUGUUGCUUUUUCGAGGCACAUUGUUCAAAUAUAUACGUACAAUCCAUCUCUGGAGUUUAUUUUUUAUCUGCAAUUUAUCUUCUCUACUGCCAUUGAUGGAAAAAUAAAAGCAUGGGUUUAUGAUUCCUUGGGAUCAAGAGUAGAUCAUGAUGCUCCUGGACUUUGGUGCACGACAAUGGCAUACAGUGCUGAUGGAACCAGGUCUAUUCAAAAUCCGUUUCUGGUUACUCUCCUUUGUUGGGAUGCUCUUAUGUGA